CUUGAAAAAUCUUUUCUGCAAUUCUGGUUUUUUCUUUCCCUCUUUUUUUUUCCUCAACGAAAAUUUCUCGUUCCUUUCGAACCUGAAACGAAACGAAGAAGCGGUGGAAAUGGAGAGCACGACCUACAGAAGUCAUUUUCUUGUUUGAAAUCAUUAGCGAUCUGAGAAAUAUGUUUCCCGUUGCCGAUGAAAUGAGGCUGGAUUGCUUCGAGUUUCCAGUGUCUAGACGAUUUUGGUUUGCUUGAGGAUUGAGAUCAGUGAAGAUUAUGUUUGCAGCAGCAGCAGCAGCUUGUUAAUUAAUUUUUGCUGAGUUGUUGGGAUCAAUCAUCAAUAUAUACAUUCUGUUGCUGGAAAUUUCUAAGUUUUUGGACUUUGUUUGGUUAAGUUGUCGGGAUUAAUAGGUGUUUCAGCAUCAUAAUUACAAUGCGUGUUGAUUAGACUUGCGGUUUUUAAAAUCAUGGCUUGAUGAUCAAUCUUUGUGUAGGGAGCACCGUGCUUCCAGAUCAGCCCUGUUUGAUGGAUUUGAUAGCCUUGAGGAAGGAGGUCUCAGGGCCUCUGCAUCAUACUCCGGUGAAGUUAAAGAGCAUGACAAUGACAAAGCUCUAGACAGUUUGCAGGACAGAGCUUCUUUUCUGAAGAGGUUAACUGGUGAUAUACAUGAGGAGGUAGAGAGCCAUAAUCGCUUGCUUGACAAAAUGGGCAACAACAUGGAUGCAACAAGAGGUAUAAUGUCAGGCACCAUGGAUCGGUUCAAGAAGGUAUUUGAAAAGAAAUCCAAUAAGAGAAUGUGUACACUUGUCACAAGUUUCAUGGUUGGCUUCAUAGUUUUAUACUAUCUCAUUAGGAUUCUAAGAUAUGUGCACGGUUGAAAGUUCAUGAAGUUAAUUCUUAUGCAGAGGAAUCCACGCCUUUUUCUUUUUAAUAUAUUAAAAAAACUUCAGAAUCUGGUACAGAAGUAAGAGAGCCCAUUUUUUUUUCUCUUCUUUAUCCUUUCUGCUGACAUGUUUUCUGAGGGUGGAUAGCUCUGAAGGUUGUAAUGUUUGACCCCUUCAAAAAAAGUUCAGUGUAAGAAAGGGGUAAGCAAAAGGUGUGACUCGAUGUAUUAAACUGUAUGGCAGGCUAAAAAAUGAUUUUGAACAUGUAUGAAAAAUGAGAUUAUUUCGUCAAAGGCCGUUUUCAAACUUUUUUUGUUUUCUUUAUAUGGAUGUGAGCUGGCCAAAGGACUUUGAUAUAAAAAAAUUUUGUAUCC